AGAGAGAGAGAGAGAGGGAGAGAGAAAGAGCAGGUCAUCCCAACGUGAAAAUUCUGUGCUUCCAUUGGCGACACGACAGUGACUCCUUUUGACUUCAGGAUACAGGAUAGAAAAAAAGAAGAUGAUCCUUGGAUGGUACAGCAUUCUUCUCGCCACCCUCUUGGCUUUUCUAAUUUAUAUCGCUUUCUUCUGGAAAAUUAAUUGGAUCAGAGACUUGCGAUGUCAGAACAAAAUAAAAUAUAGGAAGAUGGAAAAAUUGCCGCCGGUCUAUCCAAAUGGAUGGUUCGCCUUACUCGAAAGUUCACAGUUGAAAGUGGGACAAGUGAAACACGUAUCAGCUCUUGGAGAAAAUUUUGCCGUAUUUAGGACCGAGAAAGGUAUCGUCAACAUUCUCGAUGCAUAUUGCCCACAUUUAGGGGCAAAUAUGGGUGAGGGUGGACGCGUGAAGGGAGAAUGCUUAGAAUGUCCUUUCCAUAAGUGGCUCUUUUGUGGUAACGAUGGUCGUUGCUUGGAUAUACCUUAUGCCGAUAAAGUGCCGAAUGUUGCCAAAACAAAAGCAUGGAAAAGCUGUGAGGUUAAUAAAAUAAUAUUCGUUUGGUAUCAUGCGGAAUCGGCAAAACCAAAUUGGCAGCCACAUACCCAUGAGAAAAUUUCUAAUGGGACUUGGCGUUUUCAAGGUCGAAACGAAUUUAUCGUUAACUGUCAUAUACAGGAUAUAGCGGAGAACGGUGCCGAUCUGGCACAUCUAAGCGCGGUCCAUGGACCAGCAUUGUUUCUUUCGGAGGACGUGAUGCGUUUCGUUCGUCACAGAUGGUCGAACGCAAGAUGGACACCGCAUUCGAGCGAAUCCAAUGAUGAUUCAUCUGAAACGUCAAUGGAAAAAAACAAUCCGGAAAAAGAGACGAUGUGGGAGGGUGAUUUAACAAAGAGAACAUCAACAGGCAAGACGACGAUUAAUGGAGAUUCGAAGAAUAUGUUGAACGGUAGAACAACGAUGACGACAACGACGAUAUCAAACGGACAACAGAAUUCUUAUAAUUCUGAAAAGCAUAGAGCUAGUAUGACUCUUCGUCACAGUCUGUUGUUUCUCGAUCGAUUCGAUAUACUUGAGCUGAACGUGAAGGUCGAACAGAUUGGUCCAGGAUACGUCGAGUUAUUCAUCGAGACCACAUUCGGCAACAUGUUCAUCUUACAAACUGUGACACCGAUCGAACCAUUGUUACAACGUGUUUGUCACAUUAUAUUUUCUCCGCCAUUAUUGGCGCCUUAUGCCAACAUCAUAUUUCUCGGUGAAUGUUUGAUGUUUGAGAGGGACGUUGCUAUUUGGAAUCACAAGAGAUUCGAAACACGACCUAUCCUAGUAAGAGAGGAUAAAACCAUAGCCGCUUAUCGGAAAUGGUACUCACAAUUUUAUUCAGCUAAUAGCCCUACUUAUCAGACGGCAAUGAAAAGUUUGCAGUGGUGACGUAAGGAAGUCAAUUAUUAUUAUCGUUUGAGAUCAAUCAUGCUGAGGACUCGAUCGACGAUAAUAGAACACGGAUAUGUUGUUUUAUUUCCUUUUUUCCCAUUCCUUCACCUUGUUACACAAUUAUUAUUUGAUCGUUUAAAGAUUGUAUAGGAAGUAAUGUUACGUUCGUUCUGAUAUAAAAUCAUUACCGCGUUGAACGAGGAUUAUUGAGAAUGUUUCGAAACAUUUGGAAGUUAACGUUCUUCCCGGUAAGUAAUGUAUAUAAAACUUAUAUCUCAGUAUAAGAUCAGAAUAUUAAGUGCAAUUUUCCCGAUAAUCAUAUAUGUAUGUAUCUACUUGAAUACAUAGAU